GAUUCAGGGUUUGUUCAGAAGGUGACGAAGACUGGGCGCGAUAAAGCAGAUGUUUUUUCUUGAUGAUUUCCUGGAAAUGCUCGAUGAGCUACCAGCGGAACUUCGAGAACGUUGCACCGAAAUGCGGCACCUUGAUAUGCAAGUAGAAGCCGGUCUAGCACAAAAUCGACAGGCUCUCAUUGAAUUUUUUGACCGUGGAAGCCAGCUCACAGAAGAACAGAAGCAGCAACAGUAUCAAGAACUGCAAAAGGAGUACGAUCGACUCAGAGUUCUGGGUGAGAUGAAAGUCUCACUGGCGGAGCGCAUGCAGGAAGUUCUAGAGGCCUACAUGCAGUACUUAGACAAGGAAAAGACUCACUUCAAGUACGAAUUGGAAGCUGACAAUCCAGGAAUUACUGAAAUCAUAGAAACUCGAUUUGCUAACUAUUGUGAGUCUUUGAUCGCCAUGCGGAAAGAACGGAAAAGGAAGCUCACUAAUGGAUCUGCGGAACAGUAUCUAGAGCCGUUGUCGAAAACCCCAAAAAUAACUAGUGAUGGGACCUCACUUAGCAACUACGUCCGUAACGAGUUCACUUUGGGUGAAGAUGAGAUAAUGUCUCCCAUGGUAUCCGGUGUUGGACCGGCACGGAGCAGCAGAAAAACGCCUGUGGAUGAGUAUAAUAUGAUGAGACGUCGUUCAACCUCCACAGUUCUCAAGACAUCCGGAUCAACACCUGCUAUGAAUGCGAACGCUGUUUCUCCUGCAGUCAGCGAGAAGAGUUGGACCCCUCUAUCUGGAGUACCAGUCAUGGACGAGUCAACGCAGUCCUCCGCCUUGACACCUUUGAGCGCAUCUUCAUCCAUUCAUCCAGCAACACCUACGACUAUGCCAACUUUUGUAGGACCGGAGAGCCGCCACGGAAGGCCUCGCAAGCUGACAUCGCGAGUACAAGAAAUGUUCAAAGAAGCUGUACAACGGCAGCGACAUCAUCACUACCAGAAAAAUGUUGAUGCUCCGCCAACGAGUGAAACCAAUACAGAAGAUGAUGAAGAGAUAUCUGAAGAAGAUGAAGAUGAAUCUGAUGAUUCGCGUCGCAAAUGGUGCUUCUGCAAUGAGAAGAGUUAUGGUGAAAUGGUGGCAUGUGACAACAAAGCGUGCCCAUACCAGUGGUUCCAUUACCCAUGUGUCAACAUCUCAUCAACUCCCAAAGGCCGCUGGUACUGCCCUCAUUGCACUGAGGAACGGAAACGCAGCGAAGCGUUGGAUCUCAGCACUGGCACAGUUCCCACCACUGCUGUUCUUUGAUUUUUCUCUUUUGAUUUGAACAAAAUGGCCAAAAUAGGUGCCGUUGCUAGUCACUACCAUGUAUUGUUAUGAAACACAAAGUCCUCAUUCCAGCAAUCGCCCUGUAAUUGCGCUGUUUCUGAAUUUGCAGCAGUUGCAAAGUUUGGACUUUGUACAAUGCCCUCUUACACA